ACACUGACGGAAAAUUAUCAAACCGCAGCUUGUUUCAUUCGAAUAAACACACAGUGAAUCGGGUUGUGUUUUAUUAAGAAUCUAAUAUUUAAAUAUUAAUAAAAUUUUAUCGAACUAAAAACCCUUUUUUAAAAAAAAUACAAUAUGAAAUUCUUCAUUGUGUCCGUUUGUUGUGUCCUGCUUUUGAGCAAUGGAAUAAACGCUGAAAUCGAAAGUAAUUCUGUGGAUACACCGAAUGCAAGUGGAUUUGAAAAGUGCCUGGAUGCUGAUUCAAUUUCCUGUCUACAAAUGACGCUCUUCCGUCGUGCCAAGGCCGUCUUUGACAAUCCACAAAUCGAAGUUUUCGGCGGUGUCUCCCUGGUCAAGGACAACCAAGGUCGUCAAGGCAAGGCCCUCGAUGACAAUUCCUUUGCUGUUGAAGUUGCACCAACUGUCGAAGCUCGUAACUCCGAAAUGGGAACAUAUUUCGUUAAUAGCGUAAAGAACUUCUUUGUCGAACGUUCAUUGUCCUUCAACUUUGCCAACACUGCCCGCAGCAUUGCUCGUGCAAUUCCAGCUGAUAUCAAAGACGACAUCAAGGAAUUGAUCUCUGAAGCUCGUACCGGAAAGAAGAAGCGUCUUUUGAAGAAAUUCUUGCCAAUCAUUUUGGGAAUCGGUGCUAAAGUUGCCCUUUUGGGAGUCGCUUCAAUGUUCGGAGUCUUGCUGAUGGCCAAGAAGGCUUUGGUUAUUUCUGUUUUGGCUCUUGGUGUUGCAAUUCUCGCUGGAAUCGGUAGUAAAGUAGGAACAGCAGCUGGUGCUGCUUCUGGUCUUCUCGGUGGUCUCGGAGGUCUCUUCAAGAGCGGCGGUGGACUUUUGGGUAGUUCAUCGAAUUUGGUACCAAGCACAUCAUCUGGAUGGGAUUCAAGCGGUGCCUAUAGCUCACCUGUUGCACAAUCUCUUGCUUACUCUGGCUAUAAGCAAGUCAGAAGGCGAUAGGUCAAAGAUGUGAUUAGGUGGCCAUAAUAAUUAUAAUUAUUGAGAUAUCGUGAUUUUCCUUAUGUGAAUAUUUGAUAUGAGGAGAUGAAGAUAUUUUGUUUUUUAUAAAUGUUAUACUUUAUUAUUUUAUUUUUUUUUCAUUUCAAAUUAAUUUAUUUAAUUUAUUAAAAAACUAUUAUAAUUGCAUAGCAAAUUACUCAAUUGUAAAAAAAUGAUAAAAACAAAAAACGAAAACAAUGUUAUUAAUAGCAGUGUUUGUAUGUGUAAUAUUUUAUAUGUACAACGCACUGUUGUUAAGUUAGCGAAGAACAAAGAUUAAUUUCAGGUUAUAACUACAACUAUCUAAAGUUGCAUGCAACUAGUCUUUUUCAUAUCUCUACAUUCUAUAAAACUAUCUUCUUAAUUUUUUCUCAUCUAAAAUCUAUCUUCUAUCAUUUCACCUAUAUUUUAUUUUUUCAAAAAUGUAUCACUAUUUUCUAUUUUGACAUAUUUCCCCUUGCAUGUUUACUAUCCUAAAUGUAUCUUUAAAUUUUCACAAUGUAUCUUUCACACUAAAAACACUUUUCUAUCUCAACUUUUUUCAAAAUUCACUUCAUUUAUCUAUCGAACUAUCUUAACUUUGUACUUAUCUAUUUUCACUUCAUCUAUAUUUCUCUUAACUAUGUAAAGUUCUUCUAUUUUGUAUCAAAACUAUUUUCACUUCAUCUCAAAAAAUGUCUAAACUAUUGUUUUCAUCUAUAACUGUAUCACUGUAUAUUUCUUUCUUAUUCUUUUAAAUAUCUCUCAAAUUUCUAUCUAUCUUUCUGUAAAUCAAUCUAUCUAUAAAUUUCUAUCUUUAUAUUUCUUCUUCUGUCUAUGCCAUAUGAACCUCAUUAAAAAAAGCCAAAACUAUUUAAAAAAAAA